AUGGCCAGUCUCUUGUCAGUAACGAGGCUCGUCGUAGAGAAGGCCCUGGGUUGGCUCCGCGCCAAUAAUCCUCAUUAUGCCGGUAUUGCUAUCGAUGUGGCGGAAAUGGAUAGUUGGGGAACGGCGGCGCAUGGCGUGCCCUCCGCUUUGUACAACCGGAUGGAGCGCAACGAGUCGUCUGCGUGGGAGAAGACGCGGACCGCGCAGGUCGUGCCGCCGUCGGAGCGGGCCAUGGACGAUGGGGAGUUAGUGGAGAUCGAAGAACUCUUCGAUAUGCUUAACCAAG